AUGUCCCUUUUCUGCUUGAAGUCUAUUCGCAAGAAGCCCGAGUACACACCUUUCCCGCCGCCUCAGCAACCCUCCAAAGUGGAUAUGGAACUGGAAAAGGGUACCUACUUUCUGGCCGAGUCCGAACGAAAGAAGGCCAAACGCGCCUCAGAGGUGGAGAACUCGGAGGUGAAAUCGAAGAAGCGGCAGUUGGAAAAACGCGCCCUUGCCUACAUCCCACCAGAGUGA